ACCGUUGACACGUUGGAGAGUCCGCCUCCGCCGCGAGGGUGGGUGGCGUCGCUAUACAGCUGUGACAGGAGGGUGACAGGAGGUGGCAGAGUUAAGGUGUUUUAAUAAGCAACCGAAGCAAUGAAGCUUCUAAUCCUGUCCACUUUUGCAGCGGUGCUGGUGUUGAUGUGUGAUGGGAAAACGGUGACUGGAUUUUUCAGCAGCGAUAUGGCGAGACAGAGUGGAGCACAGCAAGUUGCUAAGUUUCUGUUUCAUGGUGUAAAUGGUUUACUAAGCUGUCAAAUAGACAACAGAACAGUGGCCAUUGGAAAAGGUGCCAAGCUUUACCUCUUCCAUGAACAAGUCUGGUUAAAGCUACAGGAGAAAAUCAAAGAGGUGAACUGUUUACUGAAGUUCUCUGAUGCCCACGUGACAAUUUCAUUGAAUGAUGUGGAAAACAAUCAAACCCUUGCUCCAUUUACACACCCUGAGGCUUAUUACAUUGUGUAUGCUGAUAAAUACACAUGCUUAGAAAAUGAAGAUAAAAGAGAUAAUGACAGCUUUGGUGCAGAGACCAUUAAGUUUAAACUUGUGUUACUGAACCCAGACGCAGCUAACAAUCCACUAGAUCACUUCAGUGCAGAAGAGUCUGGGUUACACGAGUUCUACUUCCUCCUGGUAUUGGCUUACUUCCUAGUCGCCUGCAUAUAUGCUCAACCAAUCUGGCAAUCAAUAAAGAAAGGUGGACCGAUUAAUACAAUACUGAAGGUUUUGUCUGUUGGAUUGUUCCUACAGGCUAGUGCAGCACUCACUAACUAUAUGCACCUGUCUAGAUACUCAGUGGAUGGAAUUGGAGUUCCUUUACUAGGAGGUUUGGCUGAAUUAUGUGAUAUGAUCUCGCAAAAUCAGAUGCUGUACAUGCUUCUGAGUCUAUGUAUGGGAUGGAGUCUUGCUAGAAUGGGAAGAACCCAAAGUAGGCUUCUGGAGUGGGACUCAACCCCUAUAUCAACUGCAAUAGCAAUUGUAGCCGUUAUUACUCAGGGUAUUUUAUUGCUUUGGGAACAGUUUGAAGAUAUUGAUCAUCAUAGCUACCAUGCAUUUAAUAGUAUGGCAAGUCUGCUACUCAUGGCUUUACGGGUGUGUCUGGUCUUGCUCCUAACCUCCAGUCUUUACAAGAUCAUUACCAUGGAAAGAAGUGUGCUCAAGAGAAAUUUCUACAUCAGAUUUGCUAAAGGCUGCAUUCUUUGGUUGCUCUGCCAUCCAGUCUUUGUAGCUGCAACAUUAGUUUUUGCAGAAUACCAACGAGAGAAGAUUAUUGUUGUUGCUGUCACUUUCUGUCAGUCUGUCGCCAUGGCCAUCUUGUAUAGACUCUUCCUUUCUCGAAGUCUUUACUGGGAGGUUUCAUCGCUUUCUUCAGUUAUAUUGCCUCUCACUAUGUCGUCUGGACACAGAUGUCACUACCAAUCCUAGCGUUCCAAGCAUAGCUAAAGAAAGAUUCUCUAUUUGUAAUAUGUAGCAAAACUAUUGUGUUAAGUAACAUUUUAUUGCAAGUUGAUAUAUGCCAAAACAAUCCAGUCUAAGUCAUUUAUAAAUACCUGUACUAAUUUAUGUCAAAUGCUCUUGAAUCAAUGAAUUCAGAAUAUUGGAACGAAUUCUUAAAGAGCAUACUGCCAUUUAUGUGAUAAAUAGAAUCAUCCAUGUGCUUUAGGGAAAAAAGUGAUUUAAUUGGGUAUGUUUACAUCAUAGUUCAUUUCUGUAAAAUAAUUGGUGAAACACAAAACAUAUAAACUUAAUGCAUGAAUAUUAUUGAUUUAUUUACAUUAUGUAUUUUUGUAAUAUUUACAAUGUACUUUUAUGUAUUUAACAUGUUAUAUUGUCAAAGCUAACGUAUUUAUACCGGAAAUUGUACCAUCUCAUUCCAUAGGAAAAUUAAAACACAAAUACACAAAUCAACUAAAUAUGAUCAAAAUCUGUUGUUGAGAUUCAUGGUCCAUAAGUCCUAGAAAAAUGUAAUUUAAAACAAAAUGUUUUAUUCCCUCACCCAAAGUCACUGCUCAAAACCACCACCACUGCACCAGCAAAAGGACAGUUUAUUCUUUCAAUGGUGCUGUGUGGUCAUAUGCUCAUAGGGUGGGGAAUAUUUUCAUAUUUCUGUAAUAUAAAUUAUUUUGUGUUGAAGUCCUCCGUCUUGUGGCCUUGUUGGCAAACGAUCUAACUUCUCAGUUAUACUAGUGGGUUAUUCAGAAUCAUAACCGACAGGGUAUUUUAAAGGGGAAAAUUAACCAGAAUAAGCUUAAAUUUAAGAUAAACAUUAUUUUUAAUUCUAACAAUAAAAUUGAUCAUUGAUAAUUGAAGUAAAAGAUGAAUUUCCAUAUUAAAACAUGUCAGUGUGUCAUUAAUAUCAGCAGGGUCCCCAGAGUGAAAAAUCAUAAAACACUACCAGCACAGAUUUUCACGGUGUGGCUGAAGGCUCAUAAUCAUGGAUGUAGAUUUGCACAUUGGCACCUGAUGUGUGAACAUGGGCACAGGUUCAAUUUUCACCUUGGGUACACUGAACAUUGAUAUCAUUGUGAUGUUUAAAUAAUUGUGCAGAUUAGACACAGUUGAGAUUUCUAAUUUGGCUGCUUGCUCAGGAUGGAUGAUGAUCCCCAACACUUAGAUGAUCUAUUUUCUAACUGACUAUUUCUUUAAAAAAUUCGUUUGUAAUUAAAAUUUUCAUAUCAUGACGCAGACAAAAUCUUCACUCUCUCAACUGACAUUUUAAGCCAUUCUUUUCUUGCAGUGCAAUGUUUAUGUAUUGUUCCAGGCCUACAUUCUUUAAUAUGCAUGGUCAAUUAAAAGUGGGUUGGGUGUGGAAUUAAAUCCACAACCAGUCAAUAAAGUGUUUACAUGAAGGCACACGUGCAUCUUAUUCUUGUGUUAAAUCACAGAUUGUUCCUUUAUGGGGAAAAAAGGAUGCAUUUGCUGUGUUUCACACAAGGAAAUGAAGUAUGACACAACUGUACUGUAAUAAUGAUUUUUUUUAGCAUGCACAGCUUUAUUAUAAAGGUACUUUCCUUUUGCAAAGAACCAUUUCUUUCAAGCACUUUUUUCAUAAAUUCGAGGUUGCAUUUUGUGUUACCAUUCAAUUUGCCCUGAUUUGCAAUUCAGGGCAGGUUCUACAUUGUCUUAUUCUUCAUAUUUAAGAAAUCUGUUAAUUAAAUAUGUGUACAUUUCAAUUGUAAUUCCAGUCAUUGUUAAUAUUUAAGAAGAUGAAUAAAGGCUUGUGCAUCA